AUGGUCGAUGAGCAUACUAGUAUUUUCAGCUCUACCAUUGGUACGCUCAAGGAUGUGCUAGGUUUGCUUCUGCGAGAAGGAUUUGGCACGAAUCAAAUUCGACUCUUCAGCGACGAGGGACUUAGAUAUUUGAGCGUUCUAGGAGGAGAAUGUGCUAUAGUAUUAGCUAAGAAUGCUCCUACUUUUGUGAAAGCUGGUGUAAGAAAGGAACGAAAGACUGCGCGAAAAAAUGCGGAAAAGCCAAAAGUGGACAUCAAUACGCCUGUAGUGCCAACGCCAUUCAAGCUUGACGAGGAAAGAUUUCUAAACGAACUUGACAAGAUAAUAUGGUAUCGCGUAGAUGAUAAUACACAUGCCUAAAUGGAGCAUCUCAAAGAUAUUUAGUUACAUCUUCUCUUGGUAUGCCAAAUUAUUACCCUUGGCUCAAUUUUCGUGUUGGUCCACCCUAUUCCACUGCGGAAUGAUUAUUUACCAAAAGUAGAUCUUACGGAAAGGUAGAUUUUCAAAAGAUCGUCAGCUAUCGCGAACGAAUUAAUGGUACACUUAAUCUGAUUCAGAUUUUUCCAUCACGUCAACAUCUCUAACUUUUUUUUUUUGCGAAGUAGCUCUGCAUACAUGCCUAGUGAUUCGGAUAGUGAUACUGGUGUCAGCUCGAUGGUCUCCAGUAGAAGACAAAAUUCAGGGGCAAAAUACGUUUGCGCUGAGCCAUUACCUUUGCCUCCACAUAUAAACAAAGUUCCUCAUCCACCUAACUUCGCUCUGGCGUUUCCUCAUCCUGGCCUACGUCUGGCGUAGUCGUCGGCUUCAACCUCUGCAUAUUCCCCAAGAUGAACUAAUCUGACUAACACAAACGCGAGUAAACUACAAUCUACUCUCACGUCAUUUUUGGAAGAUGGAAGCUCACUGUUCCGUAAAGUCUCAAAGCAGGACUUAUACAUCUAAUCCUUUCUCUCCGUGUCUUUUUACGAGACAAGAAACGCGGUUUAAGAUUCACAGCAUAAGAGCCCCUAGGAACUUUUGUAUUGAUAUUGAUACGAUUAAAGUUAAUACUCCUUUAUACGACAGUCACAGAGACCUGAACAUACCCCCGUCGCAGAAAUUGCAUAUCCCAUUGCAAUAUGUCCCAACUUCACCACCUAUCUUUUCGAAUGGGAAAUUCAAAGAUAGCAAGGCAGAUCCAAUAAUCAAGAUGAAGGGAAAGCAGCAGGUACUGAAGAGAGGCCUAGAGUGAGUACAAUGAAGAACUGCUACUACAAAGAAUUUUCCGAUACUGAUGCAGCAGGUCCAGAGUACCAGCAAACCAACUAUUCAGCUCUCCCCACAACCGCCUCAGCUUCAAAACCAAAAGUAUCUUUCGAAGCAAGAAGCUCUCGCUGCUGAGAUAAAAAAAACCUUUGGAAAAUACUUGAAGUGUACUCAAAGCAUUUCUAAUUCAAGGUAACGACAUUAGGCCGAUUCCUCAUUCAACCUUCCAUAGUUUGGAAACCACACACAUGCGUACGAUUUUGAGCCAAUUGAAUGACAAUACUUGGUUUGAAACUUUCAGUAACCUGACAUAAUUGGAAUUUAGUACCCUCGAUACUGCUAUUUAUCCUCGUGGUCCCAGACAGUUAUGUAGAGAGGUGGUGGUUUUGCGGGAGAAUGAAAAUAAUUAUAAUGCAUGGAUUCGUCUCAUUGUUGGAAAGCUUGGCACUGGUAUUUUACCGAAUGGGAGGGUGGUAUUGGCUAUAAUUCGGGAGCAUCUUGUUGAUGGUGAGCGCAGAGCUUGGGUGGCUCAUAGCUAUAUGCCAGAUGUGGACUUGGGAAGUAGAUUUCACCCUCCACAUCCAUCUCCUCCUCCUCCGCCAGGUUUCCAUAAUGCAUUGUCACAUUUUUCUUGUCCAUCACCUCCUCCACCUAUAGCUAUACUUAGGCUUCUCCAACUCCUCCGCCACCAGUGUCCAUCAAACCUUCCAAACCACAAUCAAGAGAACGCAACAAAACCAGAGUUGCGAGCAUGA